AUGAACCCAGAACAACUGGACGAUCUUGCAAAAAAUAAUCUUCAACCCGCUGAGGACACCAUUUUGGUGGUCAAGGAACUGCUUUCAGCACCCACGGAGCAACUUGAAGCUAUAAGUUUAGAGAUAAAGCGCUUGGACGAGAAACGCAAGGAGAUUGAGAAAUCUAUCAGGGGUUACCAACGCAUAUUGGCUCCCAUUCGCCGAGUGCCGCCAGAUAUCCUCCGCACCGUAUUCGAACAUUGCUUAGUCACCCAUCGCAACCCUACCAUGGCUGCUACUGAAGCACCUAUGCUCCUCACUCGUGUGUGCAGCAGCUGGAGGACCAUCGCAUUAGCAUCCCCACGACUUUGGGCACAGAUUCAUAUCCCGUUCCGGAAGGAGGGCCGAGAGGAUCAAUUUAGGAGACUUAAACAUGUCCCAAUGGCUCCAUUGCAAAAAGUCAGGAGUAUUCUUCACGAUCGAUGCCGCGCUGUAAACGAAUGGCUAUCUCGCUCUGGUAAUCUACCACUGUCGAUUUCGGUCAACGAAGAACAGGGAUACUUGAGUCCCUCAAAUAUUGAAGCAAGGUCUAUGCUAGAUGCGUCCGGUAUUCUUCUUCUCAGCAUACUGAAGGAAUUCUCACCCAGGUGGAUGGAAUUGGAAAUGACUGUGUCAUAUAUCAUGUACAACAGUCUUGAGAGAAUGCUGUCUGGACACACCCUUCCGUCCCUUCUUCGGCUACGAGCUUUAAUUUACCAUACUGUAAAUUCUUGGAAUCCAUCUACUGUCGAAGUGAAACCAUCUCCAAUUAUUCUACUACGCGCCCCAAACCUAAAAUAUGUGUCAAUCAACCAUCCUACAAUUUCUGACUUGUUGUCAUCCCCUACUAUUACUUCUGCUCCUCAACCAGUGCCAUGGACCAAAAGUAUUACGCACGUAUCGCUGACACACUGCAAUCCGGACGACUGCAUCAAGUUGUUGAUGAUGUACCCCCAACUUGUGCGAUGCAAUUUUGUGAUGGGAAAUGUCUUCGAUCAAGACAUGCUCCAGCAAAUUGUCAUCCCGAGUAUCAUACACUUGCCCCAGCUACUCUCCCUCGGGCUGAGCACCAUUGGAAACUCGGUGCUCAACUUCAUCCCAACCCUGCUUGAUAUCAUACAUGUGCCCCAGCUGCGAUGGCUCAGGUACUACAACAACAGCAGCUCGUUCAACCGCGAAGAUAUCCCCGAAGCGAUGAUGGACCAGAUCCCGUCUGCUUUCUUCGGUAGAUCCUCCAACUUAACGACCCUUGAACUCGACAGGUUUUGCUUAAUGCCGUCCAACAUCCUAGACGUCUUGGAAGCAUUGGACGGAUUGAUUCAUCUUGCACUUACUUGUAAGCAUGGGCUGAUGCCGAGGAACAGUAUAAUGCAGCGGUUGGAUGGGGAUACGUUCAACCUGGAAUGCCUGGUGGUUCGAGCCAAUGGCAAUGUCGUUGAUGAGCUACCGUAUAAAGAGUUACUUCCACGUCUCGAAAUCUUCGAGCUCUACAGGACGCUUGCAUCGGACGAUCUACUCCUACGCUUUGUAGACAGCCGCAUGAACCCGUCGUCGCAUGUUGCUGUCCUCAAGAAAGUGAGCAUACACUUUGAUCGAUUGAGGGAGGAAGAGAACCUCGACCUGGCCCAUGAAAUAAGGGUUCGCGGAAAUGCAGUGGGUGUCCAUGUGGUAACAGAGUUUUCAUAUUCAACAUCGACAUUGGAAGUGAAGAAAAAGAAGAAUUUCAUGUCGCCUUCGUACAUUCCUUCAUCCAAAGACGUUACAUGGAAACAACAGGAUUUUAUUGACGAAUAG